CCCAAACGUGUUGCUCCGUCCCACGAUGCCUAUCGCCCCGAUGUCUGUGAGCCACCCUACAAGCGAAUGAAGAUGAGCCAUCCACGCGACCACCAACUUCGCGGCGACAAGCGCAGGUGUGCCGCAGUCGCUCCUCCGCCAAAUGGUGAUCGGAGCCCGCACCCUUUGACCAACUGGGCGCCGAACCUUAACGAGGCUGCUGAGCCUCAGAUGACCCAAGCGCCCAGUAACUUCCAAAGCAUGCUUGCGCACCCUCUCGAUCGUCGUCUGCCGCACGGGGCUCUCGAUUAUGCCAGUUCCUUUGGCAAUGCCAUCGCUCGUCCAAGCCCCAGCGCCACCGAAGCAGAGGAUUAUAUACCUCCAGACGAGGCCUUGGCCUCGUCGUUCUCCAAUCCUUCUUCCCCUUCGCUCUCCCGACCAGCUAUUCAAAUGAUUUUCAACUUCGGGCCGGACGCAGACCCCCUAUCAUCUAGCGAUGUAUGCGCCGCUCCCUGCGACAAGGGCGUUGCACUUCGACCGGAGGUACCCACAUGCGGCACCGGCUUCCCGGAGUUCCUUUGGAAUGGGUUUGAUGGCAUUGAAUUCCCUCAGGACCUACUUCUGACGUCUAGCUUGUUUGAAGCUGUCGACCCUUUGUCGCUGGAUGACUACAGCUCCGACAUGUCGCAACCCCAGUCCCCCUCAUUCUUCUCGCGCUCUAUGUCACGGUCGAGCUUCGGCUCGAAUCCGUAUGCGGAAGCAUAUUCACCCUAUGCCGAAGACUUCCCAACGCCAGCGUCCGACACGACAGCUGUUACGACGCCUGCGCCCAGUGAAGCAUGUUUCGGCUCGCCUUCCGAGCACCCUCAAGUUCUAAUAGGACUGGACUUCUCCUUCGGCAUGGAAGCGAAGAAGGGGGAGCACGAGAUCGCUUACGUCCCAGGAUCUGCGCCCCAUUCUCCUUUCAACUUCUCGUUCGACUUCUCCGCUCCCCAAGCGAUCACCUUCCCUCCUGUCAGCAACGCUGCUGCUGCCUCAGCGAUCAGGCGGCAUAGUGAACCUGCAAGCCUAGCUGCCUGCCACUUCCCAUCAUUUUUCGUUCCUAGCCACGAGGCCAUCCCGCCAAUCGUGCCCGCCCCCGCUGACCCAAUGACGCACUCGAUCGCAGAUAAUCUUCCUUCGUCGAGCCCGGCUUCGGGUUCUCAUUCCGCUGUUAUUUCAUCGAUCGCCCCUCAUCAAAUCCAGCUGCCGCGCCCAGUAGAGAUCCAACAUCCGCGACCGGUCCGUGCCUUCAAGCCGCAGAUCCUACUGUCGGGGCAUCAAUACGACCCCAAAGACUUCGUCAGGCGGCGAUCGGAACCUAUCCUCCCCUUACCUGAGCUGGACGUCGCAAGCCACGUCUUCCUUGACGUUGUGCCCGAAGACGACGAGGACGGCUCAAUGGAGGUGGAGGAUGCCAGCUCGUUGGAGGACAUCUCCGAGGAUGGUUGCGACGAACAACCUGCUAACCUAUUCGGAGACGAUGGUUCCUUGGCGGGCAUGCAGCUGGGCGACACGCUGAUGGAUUCGGACUGGUCUUGGCUUCAAUCAGUCUCGGCUGAGAUGCAGCUGGCUCUGCCGGCCAGCUUUGACUUCGGAGCCGGUGCCAUGUCCCCCACUGCUGUCUCGCCUAGUACAAAUUUUGGGACGGUGAACUGGAACGCGUAUUAAUCGGACUGGGAAUCCUAGGCUCUUUCUCGCAUAGCACACGCUCUUUCGCAUUGAUAUCAUCGCAUCACUCACUGCACGCUGUAGCCUCUACAUACAUAUUGCUCGCACUGUAUAUCCGGUCGUUCGGUCCACUGUAGCACUACCGCAUUCGUUCGCCCCGCAUAGAUCUCACGUUUAUGUUCGUAUUCAUAUUAUAUCAUGGGUCAUUUUGGGACGUGUCC